ACUUCAGUCGGAGGAUCCAGCACUCGCGGAUGACUCUGAACUUAACCAAAAACUUUGCUCGUGGAAGGCUAGAGCAUUCAGAGACGUAAAAAGCCUAUCACGACGCUUUCGUUUCUGCCUUUGAGCUAGCGACGCAGUUUUGGGUGUGAGUCAAGUGAGGUGUAUUUAGACUAGCUCUGGCCUGAAAGAGUGCAGACGGAACUAGGUUUUCUGGCGGAGUAGCACUAAAUCCACAGCUCAACAGACUACCGGUGCACAGUUCACCGCUGAGCUCGAGACAGACGGAGCGAGUCCGCUAAAAGUGGUCGGUGUGAUUCCGAGAUGUGUUUUGUGUGACUUUAAAAAAAACAACAACAGCAGCAGUUUGUCUUUACUCCCGUCGUCUCCACUACUCGGAGCGCUUUAGGGACACUUGUUCCUCCGUGUUUUUUCCAAACUGACGGACUUCUCGACACUGGACUGACUUCAGCUGAACUCAAAAGAUGUCAAUUUUGCCUUUCACUCCCCCCAUUGUCAAACGACUUUUGGGCUGGAAGAAGGGAGAGCAGAACGGCCAGGAGGAGAAGUGGUGUGAAAAAGCGGUGAAGAGCCUGGUGAAGAAGCUGAAGAAGACGGGACAACUGGACGAACUGGAGAAAGCCAUCACCACCCAGAAUAUCAACACGAAAUGCAUCACUAUACCGCGAUCUUUGGAUGGCCGUCUUCAAGUUUCCCACAGAAAAGGUCUGCCCCACGUCAUCUACUGCCGUCUGUGGCGCUGGCCCGACCUGCAGUCCCACCACGAGCUGCGGGCGGUGGAGCUGUGCGAGUACGCCUUCCACACGAAGAAGGAUGAAGUGUGUGUCAACCCAUACCACUAUCAGAGAGUAGAGACACCAGUACUCCCACCAGUGCUGGUCCCCAGACACACAGAAAUCCCCACUGAGUUCCCACCUCUGGAUGACUACAGCCAUUCAAUCCCUGAAAACACCAACUUCCCUGCUGGCAUCGAGCCCCAGAGCAACUAUAUACCAGAAACACCUCCACCAGGCUACCUCAGUGAGGAUGGAGAAACCAGUGAUCACCAGAUGACUCAUAGCAUGGACACAAGCUCCCCAAAUCUGUCACCUAACCCAGUUUCACCCACACACAAUAACUUGGACCUCCAGCCAGUGACGUACUGUGAGCCGGCCUUCUGGUGCUCCAUUUCUUACUACGAGCUGAAUCAGCGAGUCGGGGAGACCUUCCACGCCUCGCAGCCCUCGCUGACAGUGGACGGCUUUACGGACCCGUCCAACUCAGAGAGAUUCUGCCUGGGUCUUCUGUCCAAUGUCAACCGCAACGCAGCUGUGGAGCUGACGCGCAGACACAUUGGUCGUGGCGUAAGACUGUAUUACAUUGGUGGAGAAGUGUUUGCAGAAUGUCUCAGUGACAGUGCAAUCUUUGUCCAGAGCCCCAACUGUAAUCAACGUUAUGGUUGGCAUCCUGCUACAGUCUGCAAGAUCCCUCCAGGAUGUAACCUAAAGAUCUUCAACAACCAGGAGUUUGCUGCGCUGCUCGCACAGUCAGUAAACCAGGGCUUCGAGGCUGUGUACCAGCUCACCAGGAUGUGCACCAUCCGCAUGAGCUUUGUGAAGGGCUGGGGAGCCGAGUACAGGCGACAGACGGUGACCAGCACCCCCUGCUGGAUCGAGCUGCACUUGAACGGGCCCCUGCAGUGGCUGGACAAGGUGCUCACACAAAUGGGCUCCCCGAGUCUCCGCUGCUCCAGCGUCUCUUAGGGAGACCAUUCACCUGCUCAUUUCCUGUCAAUGACUAGAAACACACAAACUGCACACGGACGAGAACGGCUACACAAGUACUGAAAGAUGACGAACCCCCUCAUUCAGCCACUGUUACUUUGUUCUUCCUCCCCACCAGCUGUCAGUAGCACUUUUUAUUUACUUGUCUGUUUUGAAAGGGGACGAGUGCAUUAAAACAGUUAAAUGUUAGAAGGAUCUCUAAAUUUGACAUCUGCAAUUAUCUUUUGUUACCUAAAGGACCGAAGUUAUUGCUACACGAGCUUCUUCCUGUCUGGUCGUGUUUGUUUAAACAUUAGUCUCAUAGUUUUUACCUGUUUUGUACAGAUGUUAAAGCAAACGGCUGAUCCAAAAAAAAAUGUAAAAAAAGAUUUAAUUUUUAACCAUUACUUUUGAAUUUGUAAUGCAUGUGUAUGGGCAUGUUAAAUGCAUUUUACAUGAUUUUGUUCCUGUUUUUGGGCAUUUAAUACUUUAUGAAAAUGUGACCCAGUCAGAUGGCUUGAAAAAGAAUUGUAUAGUGGGAAUAGUCAACCAACAUUUAUAAAAAUACAGCGUGAAGGAAUAGGAAUAUAUUUCUGUCUGGGUGAAUAACAGAAUGUUUUAGCUGCACAGUCAAACUUCAAACAGAAACAAAGGAAAGCAAAGCUUCAGUCAAACUUGCUGCCAUUCAGGUGGUUCUUAAUCAAGUGCUGGUUUGAACUACUACCUGAAUCACAGUUACAUAUCUCACAUGUGGGAUCAUUCAGGAUGGUGCACUUUUAUAAAAUGUUGAUUCUCCAGUAAAGUGGUGUUGCAGCAGCUGAGGUGGUGCUUUAUCGGUGAAAUAUAUCCUGCAUUCAUUUCUGGAAGCUUUUCCAAUUUAUAUUGUAGUGUGUCACACAUACAGACUUGAAAACAUCUCACAUAUUGUACAUUUCUGUAUCGUUAAAGGGGACCCGUUAUGCUUAUUUCUGCCUCCAGGUUUUUAUUGUUGAGCUCAGUGGUCAAAAUAAUCCUCAUUUUUGUCACUCUGAUCCUGCAUCCAGCAGCUCUGGUUGUGCUUUGUCAGGAGCAGACUGUUACCUCCUCUACUCUCGAGGCCACCUUUCUUCUGAUUGGCUGACCUUUGCAAACUGAAGGUUUGAAUAGGAGGUGGAAGGCGCUUAAGAGCUUUCUGCUUGAGAUUACCUAUUGUGUGCUCUUACAGGAUCUGAAGUAAUGGCCAUGUUUAAUAACAGCAUGCAGCACUGUAAAGGUACGUGUGUAUAACAAAAAUAUAAAAGGUCCCCUUAAAAUUAGCCAUGCUGACUUUGUGCACUCAGGACUGUAAAAGAACAAAAAACAAAAAACAGAAUAAUAUACAGAAACCAAUGAAAAGAAGAGAUGUAUGACCUUUGAGACUUUUUGGUCUAUUUUGCUACCACUUAGGUUUGUAACACGAUACAGUGGAAAAUAACUGCUGGCAGGUCUGGGGGGGUAGUAGCCCUAUAUAUUUUUUUUUCUUAAUAAUCUGUGAGGAUAAGACAGUUUAAGUACAAAGCACAGCUUUUAACAAAGGGACAUGUUGAGAUAAAUAAGAGGCAUGUAAAUACCAAUAGCUUCUCAAAAUUCCCUUUUUUUUUUCUUUUUUUUUUUAGGCCUGUACAUAUAGUAUAUACGUGUGUUUUAAUAAUGCGUCCAUUAGCCUUUAUAAUGUUGAUCGUUUUGGAAACAGAAGAAGAAAAAAAGAUCAAAAACUGAAGAAAAACAAAUGUUGGGAAAAGCGAUGGCAGAAAUAGAAAGACAGUCAAAGCUUUAGUCCCGUUUCCUUUCAGCCACCCACUGUGAUGGAAGUGGAACCAUUUCCUUCUUGUUCUCUAACACUAGACAAAGACUCAGUGGGUGAGCAUGAAAAACAUUUUAAAUCUUUGUACUGUGCUUAUUUACAUUGUCCAGGCUCUUGAUGUUAACAGCAGCCCAGUGGUGCUAGUCUUUAACAUUUUAGGGACUGAAGAGUAAACAACAAAGGCCCGAGAGUUUACCAUCAACGCUGGUAGAUUUUGAUCUCUUUGGAAUGAUGAUGACUUUUAAACCUGCAAACUUUAGUGGGAUGGUUUCAGAAACAGUAGCAUCUACCAAUCUGAGACGAGCCAGCUCUUUGUAGAGCUUCUAGUGUCCUCGAAUGCAGUAGUCCUGAUUCUGAUGGGCUCAUAGUCAUUGUAUUUACCCGGUAGGGAUUAUUUUUAAAGCAAAUUUGUCAUUUUUAUACAUUCUGCUUGUGUUUUUUUUUGUUUUUUUUAUCCCCUUUGUUUAAAUCCCACCCUGUAAUCGCUUUUAUUAGUUGUGAUUUCUGCUUCUGUGCUCUGAAUUGGUCUUUUUAGAUGUCUUGUACAAAACCCUUUAUUUUUCUCUGCUUAUAAAGAGUUGAUGUGAUGCUUUAUAUUUCUGUGUAUUAUUGUUGUUUCGAAAAUAAAAUAUAUAUCUUGUGGUGA